AUGGCCUCGUCGGCCGGAGCUGCUGUCUCCGCCGGCCCAGCUGCUGCCAGCAGCAGCAAAAGCAGGACACAGGGCGGUGCCGACACCUCUCACCCCUCCGCUGCUGCUGCCGCCGCCCGUCGCCGCCGCCGCAUUGGCAAGGCCUGCGACGACUGCCGCCGCCGCAAGAUCAAGUGCGACGGCAACAACCCCUGCUCCGGCUGUGCCGAGUUCUCGUCCCCGUGUACCUAUACCGCGCUGCCCAGGCGGGACGACCUGGUCCAGCACGGCCAGCUCCAGGUUCUCCAGCAGAAGCUGCAGGCAGCCGAGUCCCUCCUGGCCAAGCUGCUGCGCCGUCCUGGUCCUCCGCUUGCAACUCCAGCCGAGCAGCUAGCGCUCAGUGCGGACACGAGGACGGCCGGCUCGUCAGCGGCCCAGACGCCCGCCAGCACCGCCUCCUCCCCUCAGACUGCCGACAAGGCCGCAGAGGACGCCCGCAACAUCUCGCUGUUCCAGGACUUUGCUCAGCUCAACCUGGUCGACGAUGGCGGCGAGUCCGACUUCUAUGGGCUUUCGUCCAGCGCCGCCUUCCUCAGCCGCAUCACCCAGGAGCUCCCCGAGCUCACCCGCUACGACUCUCGCAUCCCCUUCCUGCCUCACGCGUCCCUGCCUUCGAUAGCCUGGACGCCGGCCUUGGCUGGAGUGCCGUGGCAGUCCUCGUAUGACCACUCCAGACUCCCGGACCGUGAGACCGCCCGUGUCCUGUGCCAAUAUGCAUUCGACUGUGGCUCCUGCCUCCUGCGCACUGUCCACGUCCCCUCGUUCUUUGCCAUGUUUGACAAGCUCUAUCAGACACGGCCGUCCAUCUACACAACUGCAGAGCGGCGCUUUGUGGGCCUACUCUUUGCGGUCAUGGCCCUUGGGGCCAUGUACGACAUUGACGAGAACGACCCGACCAAUCCAGACCACUACGAGGAGGGCAUGGAACAAGGGUACAAAUAUUACAUCUCUGCUCGCAUGUUCCUGCAAGAUUUCCACGAGUGCCGGAACAUCAUGACGUUGCAGGCCAUUGUCUUCAUCAUUCAGUUCCUGCAAGCAACUGGCAACCUGGGCGGUUGCUAUACCUUGGUAGGCGUCGCCCUACGCUCUGCCCUGCGGAUGGGCCUGCACAGAAAUCUUCCCCCAGGGUCCUUGACUCCAAUCGAAACGGAGACAAGGCGCCGGCUGUUCUACACAAUCCGGCAAAUGGACAUAUACCUGUCUACCACCCUUGGCCUCCCGAUUCUCCUUCAAGACAAGGAUAUUGAUCAGCAGCUACCAACGGAAGUCGAUGACGAGUAUAUCACUGACACACACGUUGCACGGCCUCCACCAGGGUCAUCGUCCGUAUUCCAAGCUUUCAACGCUCACACCAGACUAAUGAAGAUCCUCGCCCAAAUCCUCGAGCACGUCUACCCGCCCCAGAAUGCUGCGGGCGAGGUAGAAAAUGCAACCUACAGCAUCAACUACGCACGCAUCCGGGAGAUUGAACACGCGUUGCACGAGUGGCAAAGGCAGCUGCCGUCCAGUUGGCAUCCAGGGCAGGAUGAUGACGAUCAGCGAGCAAGGAUCAAAAUCCUUCUCCGCUUCGCCUUUGCCCAUGUACAGAUGAUGCUAUACCGCCCCUUCCUGCACCACCUACCGCGCACUUCCCCUGGCAUGCCUGCUGUUGAUAGCCGUGUAUAUGCACUAGCCGCAGCUGGCAUCCAUGUCUGUCGAAAUAUUGUGCAUAUCGGUCUCGAGAUCAAGAAGCGCGCUGCUCUGCUGGGUCCAUACUGGUUCAACACGUACACGCAAUUCACUGCGGUGCUUUGUCUCGUCAUCUACAUCCUCAACAACCCUCAAGCGCCGACUCUACCCGCCAUUCUGGCGGAUGCGCAGAUGGGUAAAGAUGGCAUCUCGAGCUUCACGCAGAAGAGUCUCGCUGCAGACCGCAUUACGGCUGCCCUCGAUGCUCUUUUCAAACAGCUUCCCAGUCGCAUGUCUCUCCACGGGUCCCCCGCUAACUCUGCCGACGCCGAGCAGUGGUCUCUUGACCGACCACCAUCUCAAGGUCAUGCCCGAGGAGACUUUGCCAGCAACUCGGCACCAAUGACGCCGUUCCAAGCGGAUCAGUCAUGGCCUCUCAGUCUCACGGAAGUGUCCAUGCCCACACAAGACCAAGGAAUGCCACGCCCUGCGGCGACAGCACGACCCCAUCGGGCGUCGGGCUCACACUACAAUAUGCCUCAUGGCCGACAUCACGGCCUGCUAUUCCCUCAAGAAGAUCCGUUCGCAUACCCUGUGCCGUUGAGCUCCGGCACAAUGAGCAGCCAGUUCGCGCCCCUGGUCGACGAUCCCAUGCAGGACAUCAUGCACUUCCCCGUCUUUGACGCAUAUGGCGACAUGGGAAGCCACGUGUUUGAGCCAGAGGUGCACUUCCCGUUUGUGCCAACUUCUGUGCCUCCAGAUACCUCGGGAAUGGGCUUUACGGGGGGUGGUCAGCCAUGA